AUGCAACACAGUAGACUUAUUAAUGCUCGACCGCGUAGUAUCAAUGAAUCGCCCAAGUCUCAAUUUGGUACAUCCAAUACAAUUGCCCCAAGACCCAGGUUUAUGGCGUCGAACCAUGCGAGUUUAACUAUUGGUUCGAACAAAAUAAUCUCCAAACAGAACCCAAAAGAACACGGUAGGUCUGACUUGGUUAUUGAUAAUGGUGAGAAUGGUAAAGCAUUUAAAGCAGUCCCAGAAAAAGAUCAAAUUCCUUCCGAGCCAUUUGUUGAAACUUUACCAGUUACCGCUAGCUUAUGGUUUCAUGAACCACGUACGUCACAAGAAGAGAUUGUCAUUGAUCAAAACAUUUACCCAAAGGGGUUACGACCAGGUGAUGUUAUUGAAGUGCAAAGUGUUCAACAUGAAGGCACUAAUAAGAAGCUAGUGUUUAAGUUGAGUCGUACUAAUAUCAAGGAACAUAAUGAAGCUACAGACUCGCCAUCAUCAGAACGAUCCAAACUGCAUACUUUCCAACUCUCACUUCAAUCGAACCCGUUUCAGAAAAUUUUGGACGUGGCUCCAAGGACAGCUGUUUACGUUAAAAGAGUCAAAGAUGCUAAUGAGUUGGCAAUCGACUCCAUGGAGAUUUUUAUCAAGGAUGUCAAUAUGUCGCGAGAUGCAAUGUGGCAAUUUUCUUCAUCUUUAGUCUCCAAGUGUUGUCACCUCGAUCAAAGACUCCAGUUCCUUGGGUCAAGAAUCGGAAUAGUCAAGUGCAUUUACAAGAAUGGAAAAAGAAUAUUCUCGGGCUACGUCAAUGAAGAAACAAAGAUUAUAUUUAGAAGUGAAAGCGCAAAGCUUACUGUUUUACUUCAAUUGUCCCAAGAAAUGUGGAACUUUGAAGAAAAUGGAGAAAUCAUGUUUCACAAACUCAUCAAUAAUUUGUUUCCUAAAAUAUUUCGACGUUGGCGCGAAAAGGGAACUCACCAUUCUAUAACCAUUGUUUUAUUUACAAGCAUUGAUUUGACAAACAUUCCGUGGUUACAAUUGGACCCUGGACAAAGACCACCAAAAAGACGCGAUUAUUACAGGGUGGUGGUUGACCAGGUGAAUAUAUUGUAUUGGGAUCGGAUCAUGGCUAGUCUAAGACUCGAGUUUGCCAACUUUAAAAGAGAUAUCUUGCUCAGUCCCGAGCAUAAAGAGAUGGAUGCAAACAAAGAAAUUGAUUUAGCAAAUAACGACAAUUGCAACAGCAAUAACAACUAUGUCAUGCAAGGACAGAUUCUACCUGCAGUCAAAGGAAAUAUACUUGAAGCUCUUAAUGUGGGACUUGUCUUGCUUAAUGAUCGAUUUAGAAACACGGACUUGCGCCAUUCGCUCAAUCAUUUUAUCUUGGUAACUGCAGGAACAAGUUUAUUUGAUGUUGACUACCAAUUGCUUUUGAACACUAGUCGUAAGAUUUCAAGUAUUGAUACCAGUUUAGAUAUCAUUUGUCUCAGCCAACCUCCUUUACACGUCACACCACUUUUUCGAUUCAAUAAAGAAGGAAAACUUUGCCAUUGUGUCCCUAACUGGUGUGAUGUCUCUUUCUUCAAGGGCAAACAAGAUGACUCUACCCAGUGGAUACCAAGGUGUAAGAUUUAUGAAUUGCAGAUGAUGGGAGUAAUGGAAAAUGAAAUAAGUGAGGCAAAGAUUCCCAGAUAUCAUUUCAAUAUGCAACUUCCACAUCGUUCUCAUCUUCAUUAUUCUUCAAAACAUCUUCCAACUCCACUCCCUGGCUCCUCCUCCUCUUCUUCUUCAUUUUCUCCUCGUCCUCAUCUUGAUCAUGAUCAACAGAAUUCGCAUAACAUUUCAAAAAUAAUGGAUAAUUACGAUGAUAAUAUUUUCAAACCGAUCAAACAUACUACUGAAAAUGAGAGUCAAGCAAAUGGUAGUAAUGGGCACGAGCAAACAGAUGAAGGUGUUGAUGAAUCAAGGUUGAGAGUACCUGCGGUAAAGAAUUCCAAGGCUACGUUGUCAUUAAUCUUCAACGACCGAACGUCACUUUUGCCUGUAAGUGGCUCAACAACAACAUCCUCUGCAACCGGGAUGGUUGCACAAACUGCAGCGGAGACGUCAGCUCUCACGUCACUAUAUAACAUCAACAAGCACAGCGAGGAUAAACCUACAACUCUGUCAAGGAGUUCUACUCUGAGCAAGAAUGCCAGUAUGAAAGAUCGUGGUUAUGACGUGAAUGCUGCCACUGCAGGAGCGCCUGCGAACUCAAGGGUGACUACAAAUGCAAGUGCAAAUGCAAAUGCAAAUACAAAUAAAGACUUGGCAACGAGUAAUGGUACAGGUGCAGGUGCAGUAUUUGAAGCUAAAAAUCUUCUUGUUCACCGAAAUUCUCCUAGAGCGAUAAGAAACGAUAUAUUAUUUUCCCGAAAAGACAGCGAGCUACUGCAAAUUAGACGUCUGCACACCUCCGAUCUUGAGUUUCUGCAAAGAACAAUGACACCAGUUCUCGUAGAAGAAGAACCUCAGUCUCCAUUUUCGAUGUAUUGGACAGAUAUAGAAAAUCCAUCAAGAGCCGUGACAACGGAUGUGAUGAGAAGAACACCGCUAAAUAGAUGGAGCAAUUUGUUCCCGGAGAAUGUAAGGCGCAAAAUUAUCAAAUGGCGCUCUUUCCAAGCGCCGGCAGCAUUACCAAUAUUUACCACAUCCUUUCCAUCCCAGCAACAAUUACAAGACGAGUACACUUUUCAAAUCUAUUCUGUAUAUUUGAGUCCUGAUAACUAUUUGGAACUUAAAUCCACCUCCGACUUGAUGAGGGAAAUGAUACAACUCCGUUUAUUGUUGGGUUUUCAAAUCUGUUAUGGCGGAAGGGUAAGAAAAGCCGAAAUGGAGAGGAAACCUUCUGGUAACGCUGAAUGUAUCUUUAAAUACUUCCCUUCUUCUGGCGAUUGUUUAGGAGCUAGAGUUUACAUGUCCAUUGACAACGAAAUUCAUCGUAUAUUUUGUGAUUAUAACGGCAAUUUGUACGUCCAAUUGUAUCGUAAAAAAAUUCAAGAAAAAGACAAACAUGAACAGCGAAAUGGAAUCAGUGAUAACAGCAGUAGCAGCGGUAACGUUAACAGUAACAGUGACGGCAAUGACAACAAUUACAACAAUAAGAUUACUUUGGGAAUGCGACAGCAGCAACCUUACCAUCCAUUGAUUAGAACAAGAUAUGCUGACGAGUUUACUCCUGCUCAAAUUGAUGCUCUUGAAUCACUGCCACAAACAUAUAACUGGAACCAAUUUGAUCAGUACAUGGCUGGAUUUGAAGAAGCCAUGCCAGAGUCGAAAAAGGAGUUCCACAAGAUGAAAUUUGUUGUAUUGCCAACAGAGAUCCCCAAAAAUGCAUAUUUCUUGUCAAAUGAAAAGUUGACUGCUGAGGAAAUUAGAGUUGAGGGCUUGCGCAAAUUGAUCUCGCUGAUUGAAAAAGGCAAAUCCUCCAAAAGUACUAAUGCUAAAUCAGAUCGUGGUUCAGAAAUUAUCUUCUAUACUGGUAAUUUGUAUGAAUUUCUAAACAAUGAAGCUGAAAACUACGACAUUACCGGUACUCAACCAACAUUGAUGAUCCCUGAGAAUAUGCGUUUUACCAAAAGUAUUGGUUUAUCGGAGUUGGCGCUGGAGUUGCAAAAUCAGCAAACUGGGUUGAACUUAGUUGAUCGUAACUGGCAUUUCAAAAAACACUUGCAAUGUUUCAUUGGUAGCGAGCUCGUGACAUGGUUAGUGGAUUGUUUUGAGGAUAUAGAUGAAAGAGAAGAUGCAGUUGUUUAUGGUCAAAGUUUAUUGAACAAAGGUCUAUUCAAGCAUGUUGAGCUGAGACACGGCUUUAUUGAUGGUUAUUAUUUUUACGAAUUUGAACCUCAAUAUUUUGAGAAACGUGAAAAACUGAAUCGUAGCUCUUGGCUUGCAAAAAAGGAAGAUCCAACUACUACUGGUAGUAACACUAGUAAUGUUAAUACAAAUACUAACAAUACUGCUGUUGCAAGUACAAAAAUUUCUGCAUCACCUAAAAUUCAAAGCCAAGAUGGGCUUGGUUUGGGAUUGACACUGAUUCUGGGGUUGACAAAGAUUACCUCGUCGCAAAACUUGGGAUCCGAAAACACUUCUUUAGCUGAUUCAACUGGUCGAAAAAGAAGAAAAUUUAUUUUGGGAAGGUCCAUUAAAUUCGAUGUUGAUCCUUUGAAGAGGUCUUUUAGGCCUGAGUUGAUUACAGUACAUUAUGAUCGGGUUCACAAUCCCGAGCAUUGUUACCAUAUAAGGCUACAAUGGCUUAAUACUACUAAUAAAUUUAUUGAGGAUAAUAUUGCUGCGUGGUCACGGUUGUGCGAAAGACAUGGCUUAAAGUUGGUUGAAACGCCGUGGAAAGAAUUGUGCUCAAUUCCACAAAUCAGCCCAUUCCAUUCAUUUGUUGAGGUAAAACUUCUGCUUAAUCCAUGGGAGGAUCCGGAAUUUGUUGAUGAUAAGAUCUUCUCAGCUGAUCGAUAUUAUUACCAUUUGUAUUUUCUCAAAAAGUUUGAUUUCCUUUUGGAUAAUCGAACAUCAUCGUUUUUUCUGAAGGAUAACAUCGAUAUAGUAUACAGUUGGGGAAAGCCAACUUUUCAGUAUGCCCAAUUCAUCCACAAAACUGGUUUUUACAUAAUUGAGUUGAGGGAUAAUGGAGAGUUUUUUCUAGCGCCAAACAACAUGCACUUGAUUCGUGUUAGCUCCUCUAGCUCACCUAGUGGCGAUCAUGAAUCGGCUGCAAGAGCCAUUCAUCUUGACUCGCAACGAAUCAUGAUGAAUUUUAGAGCCGCGUGCCAGGACACCGAAGGUUUGAGGGCAUUGUUCCAGGACGCUAAACUCAGCUGGACUGAGCAAGGCAAUAUUACACAAGUAGAUUAA